UGCAUGUAGUCCUAUAAAUCAAGAAGAAAGGAGAGAAACAAAGACAUUGCUUGACCAUCCUCACUUCUCGCCUUGGUGUCUCUUCAUCGCUCAAAAAAAUUCUCUCUCUUUUUUUUUUUUUCUAUAUAUUUGCUCCGCAUUGUUUCAUCUGGGUUAGACUUCAAUUGAAUUGAAUUUUACCUAGGUGAUUGAAAUGGCGCCAUACAAGCCGCAGAAUAUUCUCAUUACUGGGGCAGCUGGAUUUAUUGCAUCUCAUGUUGCUAACCGGCUGGUGCGAAGCUACCCUGAUUACAAGAUUGUUGUCCUUGACAAGCUUGACUAUUGCUCAAAUAUGAAGAACCUGCUUCCCUCUCAAUCAUCCCCAAAAUACAAGUUUGUUAAAGGGGAUAUUGCAAGUGCUGAUCUUGUCAACUACUUGCUUAUCACUGAGUCAAUUGACACAAUUAUGCACUUUGCUGCACAGACCCAUGUUGAUAAUUCCUUUGGCAAUAGCUUUGAAUUCACCAAGAACAACAUUUAUGGCACACAUGUGCUGUUAGAGGCUUGCAAAGUUUCUGGCGGUGUGAGAAGAUUUAUACAUGUGAGCACUGAUGAGGUCUAUGGUGAGACUGAUGAAGAUGCCGUUGUGGGAAACCAUGAAGCCUCACAACUCCUUCCUACAAACCCGUAUUCUGCCACCAAAGCUGGAGCUGAAAUGCUUGUUAUGGCAUAUGGUAGAUCAUAUGGCUUACCUGUAAUAACUACGCGAGGAAAUAAUGUUUAUGGUCCUAAUCAAUUUCCAGAAAAGUUAAUCCCAAAGUUUAUCCUUUUGGCUAUGAGAGGGAAGCCUCUUCCCAUUCACGGUGAUGGUUCUAAUGUACGAAGUUAUCUCUACUGUGAGGAUGUUGCUGAGGCAUUUGAAGUUAUUCUUCACAGGGGAGAAGUUGGUCAUGUAUACAACAUUGGAACUAAGAAGGAGCGAAGAGUGAUUGACGUUGCUAAAGAUAUAUGCAAACUUUUUAACAUGGAUCCUGAGACAAACAUCCAAUUUGUGGAGAACAGGCCGUUCAAUGAUCAGAGAUACUUCCUGGAUGAUGAGAAGCUGAAGGACUUGGGUUGGUCAGAGAGGACCGUAUGGGAAGAAGGACUAAAAAAGACUAUGGAAUGGUAUAUCAGCAACCCAGAUUGGUGGGGGGAUGUCACUGGAGCGCUGCUUCCUCAUCCUAGAAUGUUGAUGAUGCCUGGUGGAAUUGAAAGGCAUUUGGAUGAAUCUGGAUCUUCUGAAGUCUUAGAGAAUUCUCAUCAGAGCAAAAUGGUGGUCCCUACUGCUAAGAGCAGCAACCCACCAAAUAAACCAGUCCUCAAGUUUUUGAUUUAUGGUAGGACAGGGUGGAUUGGUGGUCUGCUCGGGAAAUUAUGUGAGAAACAAGGGAUUUCUUAUGAGUAUGGAAUGGGGCGGCUGGAAAAUCGGUCACAGCUUUUGGCAGACAUUCAAGCUGUCAAGCCGACACAUGUUUUCAAUGCUGCUGGUGUUACGGGCAGACCCAAUGUUGAUUGGUGCGAGUCACAUAAGACUGAAACAAUUCGUACGAAUGUUACGGGGACUCUCACCUUAGCUGAUGUAUGCAGAGACAAUGGUCUGCUGAUGAUGAACUUUGCUACUGGAUGUAUAUUUGAAUAUGAUGCUGCUCAUCCAGAGGGAUCUGGUAUCGGGUUUAAGGAGGAAGAUAUACCUAAUUUUGCUGGAUCUUUCUAUUCAAAGACCAAGGCCAUGGUUGAAGAGCUGCUGAAAGAAUAUGACAAUGUGUGCACACUCAGGGUCCGGAUGCCAAUAUCUUCAGACCUCAGCAAUCCACGAAACUUCAUUACCAAGAUAUCCCGCUACAAUAAAGUGGUUAACAUCCCCAACAGCAUGACUAUCUUGGAUGAACUUCUUCCUAUCUCAAUUGAGAUGGCAAAAAGAAAUCUCAGGGGCAUAUGGAACUUCACAAAUCCUGGGGUGGUUAGCCAUAAUGAGAUUCUGGAGAUGUACAAAAAAUACAUUGAUCCAGAAUUUAAAUGGGCCAACUUUACCCUUGAAGAACAAGCAAAGGUGAUAGUUGCCGCUCGAAGCAAUAAUGAGAUGGAUGCUACCAAAUUGAAGACCGAAUUCCCUGAGUUGCUACCAAUCAAGGAGUCGCUGAUAAAGUAUGUCUUUGAACCAAACAAGAAAACUUCUGCAUAGAACGAUUGCAAACCUCUUGGGGUUUGAUUCUGCAUUUUCCGUAUUAGAGAUUAUAUGAUUUUGUACGUUAGUUUGUAGCCGUUUCUCAUCUUAGCGUCAGCUCAUUUUUUUCCAUUGUUACAGAUUCCGGAUAGCUAGUAGGAAUAUUAUCAUGUUCUUUUUCAUUUGUCUACGGACUAAAAGUUAGUUCUUUCCCAUAUGAGUAGGGCUUUCUUAAAUUUCUUGCCCUAUCAUCAAGGCUUGUAACAGUUGGAAUCUAUCAUAUGAUCUAUAUGUUCAAUUGUCCUCUCUAUAUUUUCAUCGA